AUGGCGGGCACACUUCAGAGUAUUCUCUCCAAAGCUCGAACCGCCGAUUUGCUAUCCCUCAAAGGCAUCUCCGGUUUCUUGGCCUUCCUUUUCCUCAUACAACUCGUUCAAUCCAUUGGCCGCGCAGUCUACAACGUCUACUUCCACCCACUUCGCAAAUAUCCUGGUCCUAAAUUGUGGGCCGCCUUCGAAGUCACCAGGACCAUCGCACGUGUCCGAGGCCGCCUCGAUUUUGCGAUUGUGGAAGAACAUCGCAAGCAUGGCGAAGUUGUACGUGUCGGUGUAGAUGAGUUGUCCUUUAUCCAUCCGAGCGCUUGGAAAGACAUCUACGGUCACGGGCAUGCCGAGUUGCCGAAAUAUUUCCCACCCAAAACCAUCAACCCGAAUCAGAUCAUUGCUGCCAAAAGCGGUGAUCAUUUUCGCAUGCGUCGGGCUUUUCUUCCCGCCUUCUCGGAAAAAGCGUUGGCGCAACAGGAACCACUCAUGCGUGUCUACAUGGACCUGCUUAUACAACGGCUGUCAGAGUGCGCUGAGUCCGGCCAGCCUGCGAACAUGACGAAGUGGUAUAAUCUCACGACGUUUGAUCUCAUCGCUGACCUGACGUUUGGAAAAUCUUUGGGGGGGCUAGAGUCUGGGGAAUCUAACAAGUGGACACAGAAGAUCGAGACCAUGUUGAAGCUCAUGCCUACACUUAUGCUUCUAACGAGUUUUCCACUUCUGGCAACCAUUCUCAACUUCCUGUUCGGUCGCAAGAUGGAAGAAGCUCGACAGAAGCAUUUCCAAUAUGCUGCCUCACUGGCCAUGGGCCGUCUCCAAGGGAAAGAGCAAGCUGAUCGCGGGGACUUCAUGGAUUAUAUCCUGCGCUCGCGCGGUGAAGCACACCAAAUGACGGAUGAUGAGCUUGUCCACAAUUCUGACCUCUUCAUGCUGGCCGGCUCAGAAACUACAGCAACACUGCUCCUAGGUGUUACGUAUUACCUUUUGCGGAAUCCAGAAAUAUACAAAAAAGCCACUGAGGAAGUGCGUUCCGUUUUCGAGCGUGCCGAAGACAUCACUUUCAAGGAAGCCACCCAACGCUUGCCUUACAUGAUGGCUUGUUUGAACGAGGCGUUACGUGUCUUUCCUUCAAUUCCACUGGCGUUAUUCCGCAUUACCAAUCCCGGACAGAUGACUCCAAUUGCUGGUCAUAUGAUACCGCCUGCUACCCGUGUCGGUGUACACCAACUCUCAGCAUAUCACUCGCCCCUCAACUUUCACGAUCCCGAUUCUUUUCACCCAGAAAGAUGGCUUCCGGAGGUUUACAAUGACCCCUCAUCGCCGUUUCAUAAUGAUCGGCGCGAGGUACACAAGCCGUUCUCUUUCGGUCCCCGUGACUGUAUUGGGAGGAAUCUUGCGUUUCACGAGAUGCGUCUGAUCCUUGCAAUGGUCCUAUGGAACUUUGAUCUGGAGCUUGGCGAUGGUAUGGAUCAGUGGCAUCUUCAAAAGAUCUUUGGAAUUUGGUCGAAGCCGCCGUUGCAGGUCCGGCUUAGUAAGAGAAAAGCAUAA